CUGAAUGGGACUCCAGUACAGUCUGUUCGUGCUGAUGUUUUACAAGCGACAUUUUCAAACUAUGUGAAGAUCCAUUUUAAGAAAGUUUAUUCCUCUGUGAUGGAGAAGUAUGAAAAAAUUGGGAAAAUUGGUGAAGGAUCCUAUGGAGUUGUUUUCAAAUGCAGAAACAGGGACACGGGCCAGAUCGUGGCCAUCAAGAGGUUUCUGGAAUCAGAAGAUGACCCUGUCAUAAAGAAAAUCGCCCUUCGAGAAGUCCGCAUGCUCAAGCAACUCAAGCACCCCAACCUUGUCAACCUGAUUGAAGUCUUCCGGAGGAAGCGGAGGCUUCACCUGGUGUUUGAGUACUGUGACCACACGGUUCUCCAUGAAUUGGACAAAUACCAAAGAGGGGUUCCAGAACAUCUCGUGAGGAGCAUAACUUGGCAGACACUGCAAGCUGUAAAUUUUUGCCAUAAACACAAUUGCAUACAUAGAGAUGUGAAGCCAGAAAAUAUCCUGAUCACAAAACAUUCAGUGAUUAAGCUUUGUGACUUUGGAUUUGCUCGGCUUUUGACUGGACCGAGUGACUACUACACGGACUACGUGGCUACCCGGUGGUACCGCUCCCCGGAGCUGUUGGUGGGGGACAUGCAGUAUGGCCCCCCAGUAGAUGUUUGGGCAAUCGGCUGUGUCUUUGCUGAGCUGCUGUCAGGGGUGCCUCUGUGGCCAGGAAAAUCCGAUGUGGAUCAGCUCUACCUGAUCAGGAAAACCUUGGGAGAUCUCAUUCCUAGGCACCAGCAAGUGUUUAGCACCAAUCAGUACUUCAGUGGGGUGAAAAUUCCAGACCCUGAAGAUAUGGAACCACUUGAAUUAAAAUUUCCAAACAUCUCUUAUCCUGCCCUGGGGCUCUUGAAGGGCUGUCUGCACAUGAAUCCUGCUGAGAGACUGACGUGUGAACAGUUGUUGCAGCACCCAUAUUUUGACAGCAUCAGAGAAAAAGGGAAUUUGGCAAAAGAUCACGACAAACCAGCAAGGAAGGCCCUGAGGCAGAACCGAAAGCACUUGCCUGGGUUGCAGUAUCUACCUCAGCUGACUAACAGCAGCAUCCUUCCAGCUUUGGAUAAUAAGAAGUACUGCUAUAAUCCGAAGAAACUUAACUACCACUUUCCAAACAUUUAAGAAGCUUGGAUAAAAAAAGAACUGAUCAAUAACUCAAAAGAAAAAAAAACCCAUACAUUUGAUUGAAAACCAUUCCAAUGUUGAGAAAACAUAAGUAACUAACUGGGAGAGACAACUUGGCAAGAUAUGAAGAGAAAUUUCAGAAGCAGUCCUCCAUGCUUGGUGAUGCUGCCUGCAACAGAAGGGGAAAACUUAUUUGGAUUCCCACUUGUGUUUUUGUUGUAUCUAAGUAGCUGGACUUAUGGACAGAUAUAGAAAUAGUAUCUACUUCCUGUUCCUCUGGCAAAACUAAAGAUGUAAAAAAGGUUUAUGCUUCCAUUGUACCAUAUGCAACAAGUGAAAAAUGGAUUACACAAUGCCCGUUUCCUCAGAUCUCUAUUGCCUUGAGUCCUAUCUCCAGUCUUUUUAGAUUGUUUCACCAUCAUAUUUAAGAAGGGUGUAAGUUCUUGAAAUCAAAAUAUUUAAAAUUCCAUUUCCUGCAUGCUCUUAGUUCUUAAAUUUUAAAACUUUUUGAAAUAUUUAAGUUAUUCAAAAUACUUAAAAUCAUGUACUAUCAUAAAAAACUCACAUGUUUAUAUAUCCAAUGAUAUGUUUAUAGACAUUUCUCACAUAUACUUUUGUCUUUCCGUUUAGUAAAGGAUGCAUCUUAGUCGUUUUUGCAGCAAGAUGGAUUACUAUAUUCCAUCUACAUUUGUUCACUCAAUUCCUUUGCAAACAACGGCAUGAAGAUUGACAGCUGACCAAGGUGCAAGGGGUAGACCAAAACCUAUGGGUUUGGCAGGAACUGAGCCUGACAGCCUAAAAGUAAUUAGUACUUCAUUCUCUCCAGCUUAGUCUAAGACUUGAAGUCAGACCCAUAGGCAGGACUAUAGUGACCUGGAUUUUGUAAGAAAUUG